GACUCAAAAUGGCUUAUCUCGUCUUCUUGUUUUUCCUCACUCUGCUCCCUGGUGAAGCUUUUAGUCUGUUAGACUCUCUCCCCCCGGCCUUCUCUUGUAUGAAACCUCUCUUUCUAAUUUCUUUCCUGAGUACAUACUGUGUGUCAGUCAUGAUGACACUACAAGUCAGUGGGGAUACAGAGACCAUGAAGUCACAGUGCCUGUCUCACGAAGACGGCAGUUAAUUGGCUUCCUGUAGGUUCUUGAUUCAUUAAUAACGACAGGAAGUUAGAUCCAGAUCUUUGACCAGAAGUCCAGGGCAAUUCUAACAAUUGCCUCUUGAAUCUUUUCAUCAUAUGGAGGAGAGAGUGAGAAAGAACAUAAGCAAAAAUUAACAGCUAACACUUCCUAAGCACCUACGGUGUGGCAGGUACAGUUGAAACGGCUUACAUAUUUGAUCUCACCGAUCCUCAACCAUUUUGCAAAAGAGGAAACCGAGGCUUCCAGAGAUGUAGUGACUUGCCCAACGCCCGUCUGUAAGUGGCAGAGCGGACAUGGGAACUCCAGAGCCUGUGUGCUUACAGAGUCCAGAGGCAGCCAGGGAUUUCCUGGGAGGGCUUGGUGCCUCUUUCCUUCAUUGCAUCCCUUGAGCCUAGCACAGGGUAGGCACUGGGUACGUUUCUAUUAGAUCAGUAAAUGAAUGAAUGUUAUUAGCCAACAGGCUGGAAAAGAAGAGAAGGGAAAGAUUUCCUGGAGGGAAUACCUGGGAUCUCUAGAGCUUGCCCAUUCAUUCCUGCACUCUCUCAAGCUCCCGCAGAAGGCAACUGCUCUGUGCCCAUGACGGUGCUUACACUAAAGGACCCCAAAGAUACAGGAGGCAGUCUUGACCUUCAUUAUUCCCGCUUUCAGGCUAGGUCCCGGCCCCACUAUUGCCUCACGCUAUUCCUCACGACUACCCAGUGAGCUAGUCCUAUAUCCCCAUUUUACAGAUUUUGAAUCUCAGGCUGGCAAAGGAGUCCACGCAGGCCAAGGUGGCUCGGCGUCGUCCACACCUAGAGGGCGCGGAGGGGAAGCCGAGGCGGCCAGGAAAUACGCCUCCAGCCAUUAGAAGCCCUGAAAAUCCCCGCCUCCUUUCUCUCCUCUUAGCCCCGCCCCUCUAGAGCCGAAGGCGCUCUAGCCUUCCGCUGCUGCCGUGGUAACCAGCGCACCGGUUCCGCUACCGAUACGUCAUUUCCGGCGCGCCAUCCUAGACGCAUCCGGGUUCCGGCCGCCGAAGCGGUGAGCUGCUCCCCGGAGCCGUUAGUUGUAUUUGGUCUGCGGGACCCGGGGGAGUGGCUGGCCAUGUCACUGUCCCACUUGUACCGGGAUGGGGAAGGCCACAUGGAUGACGAUGACGAUGAGCGGGAGAACUUUGAGAUCACCGACUGGGAUCUCCAGAAUGAAUUUAACCCUAACCGGCAGCGCCACUGGCAGACCAAGGAAGAGGCCACGUAUGGAGUGUGGGCGGAGAGAGACUCAGACGAAGAGAGGCCCAGCUUUGGAGGCAAACGGGCCCGCGACUACUCUGCGCCAGUCAACUUCAUCAGUGCAGGCCUCAAGAAAGGGGCAGCAGAGGGGGCCGAGCUGGAAGAUUCAGAAGAUGAAGAGAAGCCUGUUAAGCAGGAUGACUUUCCUAAGGAUUUCGGACCCAAGAAGUUAAAGACGGGUGGCAAUUUUAAACCCAGCCAGAAAGGCUUUGCAGGAGGAACCAAGUCUUUCAUGGAUUUUGGCAGCUGGGAAAGACACACAAAAGGCAUUGGACAGAAGCUUCUUCAGAAGAUGGGCUACGUCCCUGGCAGGGGCCUCGGGAAAAAUGCACAAGGUAUCAUUAACCCCAUCGAAGCCAAGCAGAGAAAGGGAAAAGGUGCCGUGGGAGCUUAUGGCUCAGAGCGGACCCCUCAGUCCCUGCAAGACUUCCCCGUGGUUGACUCCGAAGAAGAAGCUGAAGAGGAGUUUCAGAAGGAGCUGAGCCAGUGGAGGAAAGACCCCAGUGGAAGCAAGAAGAAGCCCAAAUACUCAUAUAAGACAGUAGAAGAGUUGAAGGCCAAGGGCAGGAUUAGCAAGAAGCUUGCUGCCCCGCAGAAGGAGCUUUCUCAGGUCAAGGUCAUCGACAUGACGGGCCGGGAGCAGAAGGUCUACUACAGCUACAGCCAGAUCAGCCACAAGCACAGCGUCCCCGACGACGGGCUGCCGCCGCAGGCCCAGCAGCCACCCCAGCCCGGCAAAGAGGCCAAGGCGCCGGGCUUCGCGCUGCCCGAGCUGGAGCACAACCUGCAGCUGCUCAUCGACCUCACGGAGCAGGAGAUCAUCCAGAGCGACCGGCAGCUGCAGUACGAGCGGGACAUGGUGGUCAACCUGUCGCAUGAGCUGGACAAGAUGUCGGAGGUCCUGGAGCAUGAGGAGCGGGUCAUCGCGAACCUCAGCAAGGUCCUGGAGAUGGUGGAGGAGUGCGAGCGGCGCCUGCAGCCCGGCUGCAGCGACCCCCUCACCCUGGACGAGUGCGCCCGCGUCUUCGAGACCCUGCAAGACAAGUACUACGAGGAGUACAGGAUGUCCGACCGCGUGGACCUCGCUGUGGCCAUUGUCUACCCGCUCAUGAAGGAGUACUUCAGGGAGUGGGACCCGCUGAAGGACUGCGCGUACGGCACUGAGGUCAUCUCCAAGUGGAAGAGCCUCCUGGAGAACGACCAGCUCUUAUCCCACGGUGGGCAGGACCUGUCGGCAGAUGCCUUUCACAGGCUGAUAUGGGAAGUCUGGAUGCCUUUCGUUCGAAAUAUCGUCACCCAGUGGCAGCCAAGGAAUUGUGACCCGAUGGUGGACUUUUUGGACAGCUGGGUGCACAUUAUUCCCGUGUGGAUCUUAGAUAACAUCCUGGACCAGCUUAUCUUCCCCAAGCUGCAGAAGGAGGUGGAAAACUGGAACCCGCUGACAGACACUGUGCCUAUCCACUCCUGGGUCCACCCGUGGCUGCCCCUCAUGCAAGCGCGCCUGGAGCCCCUCUACUCCCCCAUCCGCAGCAAGCUGUCCAGCGCCCUGCAGAAGUGGCACCCCAGCGACUCAUCCGCCAAGCUCAUCCUGCAGCCCUGGAAAGACGUGUUCACCCCAGGCUCCUGGGAAGCGUUCAUGGUCAAGAACAUAGUACCCAAGCUGGGGAUGUGUCUCGGGGAGUUGGUCAUUAACCCCCACCAGCAGCACAUGGAUGCUUUUUACUGGGUCAUCGACUGGGAAGGAAUGAUCUCUGUGUCCAGCCUGGUGGGGCUGCUCGAGAAACACUUCUUCCCUAAGUGGCUUCAGGUGCUAUGCUCUUGGCUCAGUAACAGCCCGAAUUAUGAGGAGAUCACCAAGUGGUACCUGGGUUGGAAGUCCAUGUUCUCAGACCAAGUGCUGGCACACCCAUCUGUCAAGGACAAAUUUAACGAAGCACUUGACAUCAUGAACAGGGCAGUGUCCUCCAACGUUGGUGCCUACAUGCAGCCCGGAGCGCGGGAGAACAUAGCCUACCUCACGCACACGGAGCGGAGGAAGGACUUCCAGUACGAGGCCAUGCAGGAGCGACGGGAGGCUGAGAACAUGGCCCAGAGGGGCAUCGGCGUGGCUGCCAGCUCCGUGCCCAUGAACUUUAAGGACCUCAUUGAGACCAAGGCUGAGGAGCACAACAUCGUGUUCAUGCCGGUCAUCGGGAAGCGACACGAAGGGAAGCAGCUCUACACCUUUGGCCGCAUCGUCAUCUACAUCGACCGGGGAGUGGUGUUCGUCCAGGGCGAGAAGACCUGGGUGCCCACCUCCCUGCAGAGCCUGAUUGACAUGGCCAAGUAGAGGGGGCAGGCUGGACCUUGCACCAGAGAGGGGACAUGCUCAUGAAUAAAUAGUAUUUUAAACUGCC